AUGGAGGUGGAGAAAUAUGGAGAAUGGACAGUCACAUGUUUCACCAUCAUUUUCAAUGAGUCAUGUUUGGGUGAUGAGAAUGAGGAAUCCCCAAAUGAGUACUUCCUCGAAGUACUCAGUUCCACGAAUUGGUGUGACCGAUCCUGGGACAGCUCCUCAGCUCGAAGCUCUGAUUAUCCAGUUUCAGCACCAGCACUUCCCGGACAGCUCCUCAGCUCGAAUUUUCCCGUUUCCGAACUCCAGUCCCCGGACAGCUCCUCUGCCCGAAGCUCUGGUUUUGUUAUUUCAGAACCACGGCUGUUGGACAGCUCCACAGCCCGGAGCGCUCACUUUCCAUUCGGCGACGCGGAGAUUCCAGGGCUUCCGGCAGCGGCAUCUUUCAGCACCAUGAACAGCUCCGGCGAUCAGUUGGAAUACACUGGCGGCUUCCCUGCGCUUGAGGGAGAAGAACUGAAAGUGGCAUUGCCCGUCAUCUUGGGGGUCAUCUGCCUGGUUGGUUUGGUGGGCAACAGUCUGGUAGUGAUGGUCCUGCUGAGGGACCUCAGGCAAGGCAAGAAAACAGCAGUCCAUGGCUUGAUCCUGUUGUUGAGUGUCACUGACCUCUUUCUACUGUUGUUAUGCGCCCCCCUACGCAUCUCCACUACCCCCAGACUGGACUGGUCACCAAGCUGGCUGCUAUGCAAAUCAUCCGAGUACCUCCUGCAUGCCUGCCUCUUGGCCAAGAGCUUCACCUUGGCAGCGGUGGGGCAUGCCCGAUACAGGCAUGUGGGCCACCUGGCAAAACACAAACACCUGGAGUGCCCGCAUGUAUGGGCAUUGGCAUGUAGUGCAUGGGUUUUUGCUCUCCUGUUGCCUGUCCCCCAAUGGCUCUUUUCAACUGCUGGGCACACCCAACAGUUGGCAUCCUGUGUCUUGGAGGUCCCCCCGACUGCUGCUAACUUCAUGAGUGCCUAUGCUUUGGCUUACCCACUGGUUGCUUAUGGGAUUCCUAUGACCUUUGCCAUCAUCUUCCAUGUCAAAUCCCUGCUGCUUCACACACCCCGGAGGGAUCGCACACCCAACCGCAGGGAGCCGCAGGCCAGAAGGGUCACCCUUCUGCUGUGGGGGCUGAGUGUUGCAUUUGCUGUCAUGUGGCUGCCAGACUGGGUGGUGUGGACAUGGGCCAGGCACAGGAAGCCCAGUGGCCCCCGCCCACCCAAUGCUUUGCGAGUCCUGGCCCAGCUGCUGCUUUUCACCAAUGGUGCUCUCAACCCCCUGGCACUACUGACUGCCUCCCAGGACUUUAGGGAUGGUGUGAGGAGCAUCUGUCAGAUAGCCAGUCAUGGGAUUCCCAGGACUAGAGGUUCUGAAGGGACUGCAGUAUUGCCCAGAACUCUGGGUCAGAAGAGCUUGGGGACCAAUAGUGCCCUGCCCACCAUCUCAGGCUGCCAAGAGGUGGUCACCUGCCAAGAUGUGGUGCAGAACAUCCCACCUGAUGUGCAGCACUUCUGGCAGGACAGGAAAAAUACAGCACCACCAGAAAACAAUGACCCAAUUCCUUGGGAGCGUCAAGGAAGCUCCUAA